AAAACAGAUAUUCCCUAUGGGGGCAUAUACAUGCUGCCCCCCCCCAGGCCGGAGCAGGAGGACAUGGCCCCGGAGCAGGAGGACAUGGCCCCGGAGCAGGAGGACAUGGCCCCGGAGCAGGAGGACAUGGCACAGGAGCAUGGAGAAAUGCCUGAGCUUGUUACAGAAACCCUAACAGUGGAGAGUCUUCGCCACAUCCCAGGGCUGACGAGGUGUCCGUACUGUGAAGAGGUCGUCCUCACAGAGACCUACAGCAGGAUGGGCAGCACUACCUGGUUGCUUUGCUGCACGUGCGCCAUUACAGGGUGUGUUGCAGGCUGCUGUUUCAUCCCGUUCUUCAAUGACCGCUUCAAGAACAUUUAUCACCGCUGUCCGAGCUGCCAAGAAAACAUACACACCUACAAGCCAUUCUGACACGAAGGACACUUAAUAGCAGCACUAGUGCUAUCCGUACAGCAUGAGCAGCCAGUUCUGCCCUAAAGUGAGGACUUCCAAGGGACUUUGGAGCUGUGAGGGACUCCGGGACACGACUGUUUAACCUAUUCAGCCAAUAUUUCCUGGAUUUGACUACUUGUGUUUGCUUCACACACUGUGGGAGUCAGCCUCACGUUGCCUCCCAGGAUCUGGGCAGAUACCAGUGCAAAGGACUGCUCACUUCACUGACGAGUUGAGGGAUGUUUUUAAGGGGAAUUAGAUGAAGUACUUAUCCAUAGUCAAUGUAUACACUACAGUAGUUGAUGCAUUCAUCUACAGCACUAAAUUGCUUCUGAGGUGGAAACCCUGCUCUCGAACUCCAAACUAGGCUCAUACCGGAAGGUGCUUCUGCUGCUGAUAUUAGGAUUUAGCUUUACAGUACGUCAUCACCUAAUGACCCUCGUGACUGCAUUCCUCGGUUUAGGAAAAUAUAUCUGGGAACGUUUGUUAUCUCAAAUGAGAAGGGAAAUAUAUGGAUGAAUAUAUGUAAACACGGGUGUGUGGGAUCUGACAAAGAACUGUAAGCAUACACCGUCAGCUAAUCAGAUGUUGUGGCUCUUCCUCACCUUUCUUUAGUCUCGCUGAAUAUGAAAUAUUAUUUAUAAACUAUUGUCAUUAACAACGCUCACAGUACACCACAUUUUAUUGACACGUGAAGGCAUACAGUACUUAUAUAUACAUAUUUUGGAGUAUGUACAAAAUAGAGAACCCAUGGAUGUUACACAUGUAGAAAAAUAUGCAUUACAUCUAUAUAAAUAUGUACACAAUGUGCAAAACAUAUGGCAUACAAACAACAAGAGGCGUGGCGUGGGGGAGGUGGAGAACGACAGGAGAGACUUUGCUACGAAGGACGAUGGAAAUGUCCCCAGAAUAAAUGGAUUUUUACUGAAACGUCUCUUCUUGUGUGACUAGCUUUAGCCUACACUAUAACGAAGAAACAGGACACUGAGAAGCAGACUUCUAA